GUCAUGUCAAAAGAUUGGUGCGCCUAGUCAUUUGGGUGGCGGAGCACGACCUAAUAGAAUCAAAGCACAAGAAUUUUUUAUUUGAAAUAGGCAAUGGUUUAAGGACUUCAGGUGUUUAGGGUUUUACUCAAACACAACAUCCAAAUUCCCAACAGAUUCUUUUCAUGGACCAUAUAGAGGAUGAGUCUGAGGUGCAGAAAUCCGGCGUCGCUCUUCCGACUGUUUCAGCCUACCUCGACCCAAAGUAUUGGGACAAAAGGUUUGCUCAAGAAGAACACUACGAAUGGUUUAAAGAUUACUCCCAUUUCCGCCAUCUCAUUCAUCAACACAUCAAACCAUAUUCUUCUGUGUUGGAGCUGGGAUGUGGGAAUUCCCAAAUGUGUGAAGAACUGUAUAGAGAUGGUAUCACUGAACUCACCUGCAUUGACUUGUCCCCCAUCGCUGUGGAGAAGAUGAAGAACAGAUUACUCUCCAAGGGCUUUAAAGAAAUUAAGGUGCUGGAAGCAGACAUGCUAGAUCUGCCAUUUGAUGAUCAAUGUUUUGAUGUAGUUAUAGAGAAAGGAACGAUGGAUGUGCUGUUCGUGGAUAGCGGUGACCCAUGGAAUCCACACCCCGUGACUGUUGAUAGAGUCACUAAAAUGCUUAAAGAAGUCCAUAGAGUUCUGAAACACAAUGGCAUAUUCAUUUCCAUCGCCUUUGGUCAGCCUCAUUUUAGGCGUUGCUUCUUCAACAACCCGGAGUUUACUUGGUCUGUGGAGUGGAGUACAUUUGGAGAAACAUUUCACUAUUUUUUCUAUAUCUUGAAAAAGGUCAACCUGCAAUUCCAAGAUUUUAUAUUCUUUUGAGGCUCCAUUUGGUACCCAGUUAUCGCAAGUGCUGCUUUAUUAGUAGAAUAAGCAGAAUAAACAGGGACAACAAUCAUCAGAGAGCUUUGAACCGUUGAAGCAAAGUGAAAAGCCAUCAAAAUCUCUUUAUCACGAGGAACUGGAUGUUGAAGACUAUAUAUUUAGAAUCAAUGUUGAGGAAAUGUAGAAUAUGCAGUUUGAACAUUUGUAACCUAUUUACUCUUCACUGUCUUGUUGAUGCGGAACGCCGACUUUCAAUGUAAUAUUGAAAUAUAAACUUCUUUUCAAGUUUUGAUUAUUGAUCA